AUGGCAAGAGCCACCGUUCUAGCCCUAUUCCUCUCUCUCAUCUACAUUGCCGGUACGGCGGAGUCCGCGGCAGUUGCAACUAAUUUCAUCAAGGCCUCAUGCAGAACCACCCAGUACCCCGCCGUGUGCGUCCAGUCUCUGUCUACCUACGCCGCCACCAUACAGCGGAGCCCAAAGCAGUUGGUUCAGACGGCGUUGUCGGUGAGCUUAGACACGGCUCAGUCCAUGAAAACAUUCGUAACAAGGCUCACUAAAUUCAAGGGUUUGAAGAAGAGAGAGUAUGCCGCCAUUAAAGACUGCUUGGAGGAGAUGAGUGACAAUGUUGAUCGGAUCAGUAAAUCGGUGAAAGAGCUCAAGAACAUGGGUAGUACAAAGGGUCCGGAGUUCCAGUGGCACAUGAGCAAUGUUGAGACUUGGGUCAGUGCUGCUCUUACAGACGAGAACACUUGCACCGACGGAUUCGCCGGCAAGGCGUUGAACGGAAGAAUCCAAGUUUCAAUUAAAGCAAGGGUUACUAAUCUUGGGAAAGUCACUAGUAAUGCACUGGCACUUGUAAACAACUACGCUACAAAGCACUGA